GCGGCGGCACUUCCCACAGCCUGCUCCAAGCUGGGGCUGAGGGUUCCCGACCGCCCCGCUCCGAACUCCAGGGCUCCUACGCCACACUACAGGUCCCAGAAGUCCCCGGGGCGGAAAUAAACUUCCGGCUGAAUGCGAGUUGGGCUGCCGGGUGCGCAGCCGGGACUGCGCGGUCGCAGUGAUUCUCCGUAGAGAAUGGAGGAGUCGGGGUGGCGGGCUGGCGCCCGGGGAGGAAUACUCGGGUCGAACGCUUUUUGCGGGGGUCUUUCGUGUUCUGGACUACACUUUCCAGAGGCCUCCGCGAGUGACGUCACUUCCUUCUAAGGUGGUCAGCGCCGUUGUGCUGGAGCGAGCUGCACAGCGCCCCGGCCGGGGAAGCGCGGCCCGUGGGUUUGUUCCGGUCUGGCGGAGCGUGAGCCGGACGCCGGGGAGGCUGAAGGUGACCAGAGACUAAGGGAAGAGCCGCUGUUGGACAACUGAGAGUUUUAUCCAAGGACUGCACUUCUCCAUGAGGAGAAGCCAGAGGAGGACUCAUAAGUUGCAAUUCUAAGCCAUGCCUUGUAGGUUGGUGUUGUUCAAGGAUGUGGCCGUAGACUUCUCUCAGGAGGAGUGGGAGUGCCUGGACUUGGAACAGAAAGAUUUGUACAGAGAUGUGAUGUUGGAAAACUAUAGCAACCUGGUCUCACUGGCAGGAUUUUCCAUUUCUAGAGCAGAUGUGCUUUCCUUAUUGAAGCAAGGGAAAGAGCCCUGGAAGGUUGUGCAGGAUGUGACAAGAAGUCAGAGUUCAGACUGGGAAUCCAGGUGUGAGACCAAAAACCUGUCCUCAAAGAGAGGAAUUUAUGAAAUAGAAUCAUCUCAAUGGGAGAUAAUAGAACAGCUCACAAGACAUAAGUGUGAGUGUAAAAGUUUUCAAGAUGAUAGGGAAUGCAAAGACAAGAUUGAAAGCCAAUUAGGAAAUAAAGAGGGACUUUUCAGGCAACUAUUAAUCACUUGUAAAGAAAUUCCCAAUUUUAGCCAGACCACAUCCCUCACAUUAAAACGAAGAAUUCAUUUUCUGGAGAAAUCCUAUGAAUGUAAAGCAUGCAGAAAAUACUUUAUCCGUGGCUUUCAACUUACAGAACAUCAGAAAGUUCAUUCCAAUGAAAAAUUCUAUGAAUGUAAAGAAUGUGGAAAGGCCUUUAUUUGGGGCUCAGAACUUACUUACCAUCAGAGAGUUCAUGUUAAGAAACCCUAUGAAUGUAAGGAAUGUGGAAAAGCCUUUAUUUGUGCCUCACAGCUUACUUAUCAUCAAAGAAUUCAUACUGGGGAGAAACCUUAUAAAUGUAAAGAGUGUGGGAAGGCCUUUAUUCGUGGCUCUCAUCUUACCCAACAUCAAAGAAUUCAUACUGGUGAAAGACCCUAUGAAUGUAAUGAAUGUGGUAAGGCCUUUUUUCGUGGGUCUCAACUUACUUACCAUCAGAGAGUUCAUACUGCAGAGAAACCCUAUCAAUGUAAAGAAUGUGGAAAGGCCUUUAUUCGUGGCUCCCAACUUACUGAACAUCAGAGAAUUCAUACAGGUGAGAAACCUUAUGAAUGUAAGAAAUGUGGGAAAGCCUUUAGUUACGGCUCACAGCUUACUCUACAUCACAGACUUCAUACUGGUGAAAAACCCUAUAAAUGUAAAGAUUGUGAGAUGUCCUUUAUUCGUGGCUCACAACUUACUGAACAUCAGAGGAUUCAUACAGGUAGGAAACCACAUGAAUGUAAGCAAUGUGGAAAGGCCUUUAACUAUGGCUCACAGCUUAUUCGACAUCAGAGGAUUCAUACUGGUGAGAAACCCUAUGAAUGCCAAGAAUGUGGGAAAUCAUUUAUUCGUGGCUCACAACUUACUGAACAUCAAAAAAUUCACACUGGUGAAAAACCUUUUGAAUGUAAGGAAUGUGGGAAAGCCUUUAUUCGUGGCUCACAUCUUACUCAGCAUCAGAGGAUUCAUACUGGUGAGAAACCCUAUGAAUGUAAAGAGUGUGGGAAGGCCUUUAUUUAUAGCUCACAACUGACUCAACAUCAGAGAAUUCAUACAGGUGAGAAUCCCUGUGAAUGUAAGCAGUGUGGGGAGAUCUUUAUUUGUGCCUCACAGCUUACUCUACAUCAGAUUUCUCAUUCUGGUAGGAAACCAUAUGAAUGUAAGGAAUGUGGUAAGGCUUUUAUUCGUGGCUCACAGCUAACUUACCAUCAGAGAGUUCAUACUGGUGAGAAGCCCUAUGCGUGUAAUGAAUGUGGGAAAGCCUUUAUUCGUGGUUCACAUCUUACCCAGCACCAGAGAAUUCAUACUGGUGAGAAACCAUACAAAUGUCAUGAAUGUGGGAAGGCCUUUAAUCGUGGCUCACAACUUACUCAACAUCGGAGAAUUCAUUCUGGGGAGAAACCCUAUAAAUGUAAGGAAUGUGGGAAGGCUUUUAGACGAGCCUCACACCUAACUCAACAUCAUAGUAUUCAUACUGGUGAAAAACCCUAUGAAUGUAAGCAAUGUGGGAAGGCCUUUAGUCGUGAUUCACAGCUCAUUCUUCAUCAGAGACUCCAUACUGGUGAGAAACCCUAUGCAUGCAAGGAAUGUGGGAAGGCCUUUACUCAGAGCUCACAACUUAUUUUACAUCACAGAAUUCAUACUGGUGAAAAACCGUAUAAAUGUGAAGAAUGCGGGAAAGCCUUUAUUCGUAGCUCACAACUCACCCGACAUCAAAAAGUCCAUACUGGUGAGAAACCUUAUGAAUGUAAAGAAUGUGGGAAGGCCUUUACUCAGAACUCACAACUAACUCUGCACCAGAGACUUCAUACUGGUGAGAAACUCUAUGAAUGUAAAGAAUGUAGAAAGGUCUUUACUCAGCUCUCACAACUUAUUUUGCAUAAGAGAAUUCACACUGGUGAAAAACCUUAUGAAUGUAAGGAAUGUGGGAAAGCUUUUAUUUGUGGCUCACAGCUUUCUCAACAUCAGAAAAUUCACAAUGGGGAAAAGCCAUAUGAAUGUAAGGAAUGUGGAAAGGCCUUUAUUCGUGGCUCUUUGCUUAUGCAACAUCAGAGGAUUCAUACUGGGGAAAAGCCCUAUAAAUGUGAUGAAUGUGGGAAAGCCUUUAUCCGUGGCUCACAACUUACUCAACACCAGAGAAUUCAUACCAAUGAGAAGCCCUAUGAAUGUAAGGAAUGUGGAAAGACCUUUAGUCAUGGCUCACAACUUACUCAACAUCAGAGAAUUCAUACUGGUGAGAAACCCUAUCAAUGUAAGGAAUGUGGAAAGGCUUUUAAUCGUGGCUCACUCCUUACUCGACAUCAAAGGAUUCAUACUGGUGAAAAACCCUAUGAAUGUAAAGAAUGUGGAAAGACGUUUAGUCGUGGCUCAGAACUUACUCAACAUGAGAGGAUUCACACCGGUGAGAAACCCUAUGAAUGUAAGGAAUGUGGGAAGUCUUUUAUUCGUGGCUCACAGCUUACUCAACAUCAGAGAAUUCAUACUGGUGAGAAACCGUAUGAAUGUAAAGAAUGUAGAAUGGCCUUUACUCAGAGUUCACAUCUUUCUCAACAUCAGAGACUUCAUACUGGUGAAAAACCAUAUGUAUGUAAUGAAUGUGGUAAGGCCUUUGCUCGUGGCUUGCUCCUUAUACAGCAUCAGAGAAUUCAUACAGGUGAGAAACCGUAUCAGUGUAAGGAAUGUGGGAAGGCCUUUAUUCGUGGUUCACAACUUACUCAACAUCAGCGAAUUCACACUGGAGAAAAGCCUUAUGAAUGCAAGGAAUGUGGGAAGGCCUUUAGUCAUGGCUCUCAACUUACUUUACAUCAAAGAAUUCAUACUGGUGAGAAGCCCUAUGAAUGCAAAGAAUGCAGAAAAGCAUUUACUCAGAGCUCACAUCUUUCUCGACAUCAGAGAGUUCAUACUGGUGAGAAACCCUAUCAAUGUAAGGAAUGUGGGAAGGCCUUUACUCGUGGUUCACAACUAACUCAACAUCAGAGAAUUCAUAUCAGUGAGAAAUCUUUUGAAUAUAAGGAAUGUGGGAUAGACUUCAGUCAUAGCUCACAAGUUUAUAUAUGAAUUAUCUGAUUCUUUGUGUUUAAGAUAGCCUUCUCUGGUCACUAAUCCAUUAUUAUCAAAGAAUUCCUAAAAUGUGAAUAUGGGAGCAUAUUUGCCUCAUAAAGUUCAGCAUCAGUGAAUUCUAAUGGGGGAAGAUAACUAUUAAUGUAAUCUAUGUAGAAAAACCUAUCAUUACUGAAAACCUAUUAAACUUUAGCAUAUUAUAAUAGAGAAUAAUUCUGUUAAUAUAGUAAAUAUAUUGAGGCCUUUAGCUGUAGAAUAUGUCUUUUUCAACAUUACCCUGUCUCUACCAGCUGCUUUCCUUCAUGACAUUUAUCAUAAUUAACCUCUGCUUUGGUUUAAUCAUUUAUAAGAUAAGCCUAAGAAUAAUACCUUCCUUGUUAAGAUUCUUGGAAGUAUUAUGUGAAACAUUUCAUGUAAAGCUCUUAGAGCAGUGCCUUGAACAUAGCAUAUCACAAGUAUUAGCUAUCAUUACUAGUAUGAUUUUAGAGAAUUUGCAUGAGAAGAGGAAACUUAGGAAUAUAAUGAAUAUUAAGAAAUCUUUCAUUAACACUUGACCCUGACUCUUUGAGUUGGGGGCACUGUAUGCUGUAAUGAAUAUGAGAAAGCUUUCAUUCACAUCUCAUCCCAUAUACUAGAAAAGGAAACUCAUACUGUUGGGGGUGGAAACCCACAAAACAUUGUAGAUUUAAUCAGUGGAUUGUUGAAGAGAGGUGAAGUGAAUUGUAACAAGGUCCAGAAACUCAUAUGUCCUAUCAUUUUUUUACCACAAUUCAAGAAUAUUAUUUAGAAAUGAAUAACAAUGGAUAGCCAAAAUAAAAUUUCCUACUAGGAAAUUUCUAAAAACUUGAAUGUACAGCUUUUGAAUUAAACUAAAAAUAAACCAACAUUACUAUUUUUCAGUGAAACAUGAUGACAGUCUGUCAGGGACCGUUAUUUCCCUACCCAAUAUCCAUUUUUCCUUUAGAAUUCUUGGCUGAAAAAUCAUCUCAGCCCCUCUUGCAGGUCAACAAGAUGAAAGUGGUAUUGUACAUGUAGGACAUUUAAGAGUACCUUUUCUCUCUUUGUAUUUCUUUGUUUCCCUGCCUACAAUGUGGACAUUUAAUUUACAGCUCUGGUGACUUUAUGGAGAAUUUGAGAAUGGUUAUCUGGGUACUAAGGAUGAUGGAGCAGAAAUACAGAAUGAGUCUACACCUGUACUGAUUUUAUGGAACAGUUGUACCAAUUCUGGUCUGCUUGUCUCCUGUAUUUCUUUAUAUAAAAUUAAA